CGCUUUCCCUCUUCUCUUCUCUUGCUCCAAUGGCGACCCAGCUCGGUGUUGCUGUUCUCGCCUGUGCAUGGGCUGCGUCCGUCGCGGCCCAGACGCCCCCGAGCACUUGGCCCCAGGUGUAUCCCAACAUGCCCUCGGGCGACUACAGUCCGGAGUGGCAGGACUACUUCGCUGUCACCGAGAGCUUGCCCAACGUGACCUGGCCACUUGCGAAUAACUUCGCGGGCAAUAUUCCAGUUCAAAGACAAGGUCAUCCUAACGAUACCCUCUUCUUCUGGGCAUUCGAGCAUUCGAAUGGCUCGCUCACUGCCGACGCGGGAGCGAGUGACGAGCCAUGGGGUAUCUGGCUGAAUGGAGGACCUGGGUCCUCCAGUUUGGUCGGUCUUCUCUUCGAGAACGGUCCUAUUCAGAUCGCAAACGACUAUUCGGCUUUCCAAAAUAAUUACGCAUGGACUACGAUCGCCGAUUACGUGUAUAUCGACCAGCCUGUCGGUGUUGGCUUCGGAACUGCGGACUCCGAUGGCUAUGUUUAUGAUGAGGAUCAGAUGGCCUCCGACUUUUUCGGUUUCCUCGAGAACCUGGUCAAGGUCUUCCCCAGUCUCGCGACGCGUCCGCUGCACCUCACCGGCGAAAGUUAUGCUGGUGUUUAUAUCCCUUACAUUACGAAAGCCUACUUUGGCUUGGAGAACCCGCCCGUGAAGCUCGCCAAGAUUGCCAUUGGCGACGGCUCGAUCGCGGCUGGCGAAGUGUUUGAAAUUGCUCCUGUCGUUUCGGUCCUCGAAACCUACCCGCAGAUCAUCGGCUACGACACCGCCGUGCUCGACUACUUCCGCGAGCAGACGCACCUGUGCGGGUUCGACCUCAACCUGACGUACCCGCAGGACGGGCACUUCCCGACGCUGCAGUUCCAGCAGGGGGCGGACCCCAACUCGGGCGAUUUCAUGUCGAGCUACAGGAACCGUAUGCUGGACAAGGCGGAGUUCAGCGAGGAGCUCGAGCGCAGGUUCGCGAACAGGGAGCUGCCGAGUGCACGGGAGAGGAUCAGGAAAAGGGAUGCGUGGAAGAGGGAUUUGUCUGGGAGGGCGAACGGGACGAUCGACUCGUGGUACGGGUGUGAUUUGUAUGACGAGAUGUUGGACUAUGCGGUCAACUUCUCGUAUCCGUGGACUUUGAGCCAGGCUAACGGCGGUACUUUUGACUACUACAACAUCCCUGACGCUCUCAGUCCCGAGGCUCCCCAGGACGCGACUGUCUUCCUGAACAACAACCAAACUCGUGCUGCCAUCCACGCUCCCACCAGCAAGGACUGGGAAGAGAGCAUCUAUUACCCCUUCGGCAAUGAGUACGGAUCUAGUGACAACAGCGACCCCCCAAUGGUCUUCCUGACGGAUCUCGCGACGAACGCAACCAAGGAGGGCGUGUCUAUUAUUAUUUUCUCCGGAAACGACGACUCGCUCAUCCCGCAUUAUGGGUCUCAAGUCACCAUCCAAAACACGACCUUCGGUGGUGUCCAGGGCUUCUCCGUUGAGCCCCAGACGCCUUGGUACAACGACGACGGCGAGUUUGCCGGAAUUGUGCAUCAGGAGCGCAACUGGACGUACGUCCUCGUCGAGCAUGCUGGCCAUCUUGUCGGGAACACGAACCCGACUUCUGCCCUCGUGUUCGCCCGCGAGUUCGUGUUCGGCAACAACCAGACGGGCCUCGUGACUAACAGCUCGGGCACCGUGUCGGUCGUUGGCGGGCAGGACACGACGCUGGGCGAGAUUAUGACGGGCCAGGCGGACAUUUACUAUGGCUCCGCGACGACGGAGAGCAGCUAUGCGUACGGGAGCGCGACUGUUGCCGCUUGGAACGCGUACGUCGCGACUGCGACGGCUGCGCCGCCGUUGCCGACGCCGGACACGGACGCCUCGUCGAGUGCUGGGCGCAGGGCGGUAGUGGGUGGGGGUGUGUUUGGUGCGCUGGCGGGCGUUGUGGAGAUGCUUGUGGUGUGAGGUAUGAAGCAUGUCGGUGAGGGAUGAAUUUACGAGGACGAGGUCGAGGAGGACUGUCAUGGGUUAACUGAGUUAACGGUUCUGGGUUUCAUGAAAUUUUUUUUGACUUAUCAUUAUUGUUUUUAUACGUCCCCUUGCAUGUUUGAAUAUCCAGAGACCAAUGCUGUACGUACGGAAUCAUUGUAU